CUGCCCUUAUUCCUGUCCCGACUCCUCUGAACCUCUGAACAGAAACUGAAGGGAUCUUAAACCCCCAAAACCCAAGCCACACUUCCCCAUUAGCAUUUAGCAGAGAGAGAAUGAAGCUUAAUUGCAUGAGCAAGCUCAUCUCCUUCUCCCUUCAAAACCCUCGAAAAAAUUACACUCUUUUCAAUUCAAUCCGCCCUUCUUCUUCGUCUUCUUCUUCGCCUUCGUGGUCGAAUUCUCUCCAUGACCGCAUAAAGGUCAUCAGAGACCCAAAAGCCUCAGUUCUGCCGGUGCUGGAACAAUGGGUCAGUGAGGGUCAGGCUGUUGAGAAGCAGCAGCUUCAGUCGCUCGUUCGGCUCUUGAAGGACUUUAGACGCUUCAAUCACGCUCUUGAGAUAUCCCAAUGGAUGACGGAUCGUAGGUAUUUUGAUUUAUCUCCAAGUGAUGCUGCUGCUAGAUUGAACUUAAUCCACAGAGUUCAUGGACUAGACCAUGCAGAAAAUUACUUCAACAAUCUGUCAAAAAGUUUAAAAUCGCUUAACGCAUAUGGCGCCCUUCUAUGCAUUUAUGUGCAAGAGCGGUCUGUUGAGAAAGCGGAAGCGACCAUGCAGAAGAUGAAGAAGAUGGGUAUGGCAAAAACCUCAUUCCCUUACAACAUGUUGAUCAAUCUUUACUCCCAAAAUGGACAAUAUGAGAAGAUCAACAUACUGAUGCAAGAAAUGGAAGAGAAUGGAAUUCCAAUUGACAAGUACACGUUGAGAAAUCGAAUGAUGGCAUAUAUUGCAGCAUCUGACAUGCCUGGGAUGGAAGCUAUCCUAAAUAGGAUGGAGGAAGAUCCAAACUUAAUUGUCGACUGGAAAAUAUAUUCAAUGGCAGCAAAUGGGUAUCUAAAAGUCGGGUUAACAGAGAAGGCUAUUUCAAUGCUGAAGAUGCUGGAGGGAUUGAUGCCUCUUCAAGGGAGGAAAUCAGUAGAAUUUCUUCUGACUCUUUAUGCAAGUACUGGCAAUAAAGAGGAGCUCUACAGAGUUUGGGAUACAUACAAGCCAUCGAAUGAACCAGUGGAUGUACCAUAUGGCUGCAUGAUCUCAUCUCUGGCAAAGUUGGAUGAUAUUGAGGGGGCUGAAGGGAUAUUUGAGGAAUGGGAGUCACAAUGCAAAAUAUACGACUUUCGGGUGCUGAACAGGCUUCUUGUUGCCUAUUGCAAAAGGGGUCUUUUUGAUAAGGCAGAAUCAGUUGUAAACAAGGCCACGGAAGGAAGAAUCCCUUAUGCCGGCACAUGGAAUGUGUUAGCAAUAGGUUAUACAGAGAAGCAGCAAAUACCUAAAGCAGUUGAAAUGUUGAAGAAGGCACUCUCAGUUGGUAGGCGAGGCUGGGUGCCGCAUUCCCCAACUUUGACGGCCUGUUUGGAUUAUUUGGAAGGGCAGGGAGAUAUUGAAGGAAUUGAAGAGAUAAUAAGUUUACUAAAAAACUUGGGUCCUUUGUCCGAGGAUUUGUAUCACAGACUUCUGAGGGCUAGUGUUGCAGCUGGAAAAUCAGUUGCUAUAAUUCUUGAUCAGAUGAAAGUGGAUGGGUUUACUGCUGAUGAAGAAGCAUAUAAGGUCAUUGAAACAAGCCCAAGUUAGCUUUUUGGAACUCCUCUCAUUGUGAGAGAAAUGGAGAAGUUUCAAAAGAUUCAGCAGAACUUUAAAUUCCAUAGAACAAUCGCUAAACAACUCCAGUGGGAAUUUUCUUCUUGCUAGAUCUCACAUUCACAUCAAAUUCAUAAAGACAUGAGCCGGUUGCAGAUCAUCAAGUAAUGUUGUCAAACAAUUCAAUUUUUUUACUAGAGUUGGGAUAUUCUGUACUUGGUCUCACUAUUAUGGUUAUAUUAUCAAGUAAGUCAUCCUAAUUGUUAACGGCUUUCAAUUUUAUCGGUGUUUUAUAAUCAACAUGUUAGUAUUUUGUUGUAAUUUAUGUUCAA